AUGCUUCCUUCCAGGUUAAGUAAGCUCACGCUGCCUGCCUGCCUGCCUGCCGGAUCAUCAGAUUCAGCUACACCUCCAGACUUGAAGUUAUGGGACCUGGCGGUGGAGGUGGAGGUGGAGGGCCAGGAGGAGGUGGCUGGGGUGGUGGAGGACCAGGAGGAGGUGGCUGGGGUGGUGGAGGACCAGGAGGAGGUGGCUGGGGAGGCCCUGGGCCUGGAGGACCUGGUGGCUGGGGAGGCCCUGGACCUGGAGGACCUGGUGGCUGGGGCCCCGGGCCUGGGGGGCCAUGGGGUGGCGGUGGUUUCUGGGGUGGACCUGGCUUUUUUGGGGGGUUUGGUGAUGGAUUAUGCAACCUGUUAUCUUCUUGCUUCUACUGCUUGUGCUGCUGUGGUUUGCUCCAAGAAUGCUUUGGCGGCCCUCGUGGCGGAUUUGGUCCUCCCGGACCCGGUCCCUUCUGAUCCAAUUUGUUUUUGAAGUUGGCCGUUAUUUUUAGCUUUGGAGCCAUGUUUAUGUUAAAGUUGCUGAGUUUAUGUUUAUUUGAUUCCCUGAGUAAAAGUGUAACGUGAAUUCCGAAUCAUCUUUUCAAACUGUUACUUUGAAUCUU